UUCUUUCCACUCUCUUCCACUUCUACCUCAUUCAUCUCAUGCGACAGCCUGGACUGGAGUGAGCAUCACUCUCUCUACUCUAUACAACAUCACCACCAGCCUCAACCUCUUCCCUGCGCCGAUAGUCGACUACGACCUGCAUCUCUAGCUCUUAAUACCUAUUACCUUAACAACUAAACCCACUACAACAUCGCCAAACAUGGCGUCCGAUCAGGACAACUCCGGCCUCGAUGCGCCCGGCUCACAAUUCCACCGACCAAUCUUGCAAUCUAUGCCCGAUACGCGACAGCAGAGCUUUGACGAGAUCUACGGUCCUCCCGAGAACUUUUUAGAGAUUGAGGUCCGCAACCCAAGAACACAUGGCAUGGGCCGUCACAUGUACACAGACUACGAGAUCCUCUGCCGCACAAACAUCCCCGCCUUCAAGCUGCGUCAGAGCAGCGUCCGUCGUCGAUACUCCGACUUCGAGUACUUCCGCGACAUUCUCGAGCGCGAGAGCGCCCGCGUUACUAUCCCUCCUCUACCCGGAAAGGUCUUCACCAACCGCUUCAGCGACGAUGUUAUCGAAGGUCGCCGCGCAGGCCUCGAGAAGUUCCUCAAGAUCGUUGUCGGUCAUCCCCUGCUGCAGACGGGGAGCAAGGUCCUGGCUGCCUUUGUCCAGGAAUCGCAGACCCUAACUGGGAUCGCAACGCUUGGUGACGCCUCCGUCUGA